CCAAUCGGGACGGCGAAUAUACCAAAUUUAACCUCCGAAAUAGAGGCUGUUCUCCAAUUUACAAGUUAAAGAAUUGUUUGGAUGUCUAUGAAUUCACGAUUAUCAUAUUGGCCAAGGAAGGAUUGUCUUGUUUAGAGUUGAUCUUGUUGACCCUCAAAUCAUUUGCAUCAUCACCAACUACCAGACCAAACUCUGAUGCUACAUUCCAACUACGCCUCACGAGGGGAAAGGUGACACACUUAAAGCCAUCAUUUCAACUUCUGUGAAUUAUUUGUCUUGAUUACCAAUCACUCAGCGUCAUGGCCAAGUUUGACUGCGUUGAUCGCUGCAUCAGCGGCGUGUUCUACAAACUUGGACGCCAGGUGCACAAGCACCGGCUUAUCUUCUUGCUCGUACCGCUCGCCAUGGUGACGUUCUUGAUGACGGGAUUUACGCAUUUCGUCAUCGACGAUAACGUAGAGUACCUCUUUACCCCGGAGAACAGCCAGAGCCGCGACGAUCGCGCGACGACGAAGGAACUCUUCAUGACCGGAGACGAGGGGGAGGAGUUUCUGCCGAAUCGCGAGCUCGACCUCUUCAUCCGGCGCGGUAGACUGAUCAUCUUGCCAGCAGAGGGCGACAACAUCAUGAAGCAGGAGAUGUUCGAGGAGAUCGUGAAGCUGGACGAGAAGAUCCGGACCAUCAGUCUCCACGACAACGGAACCCUGGAUAACUACGACACCCUCUGCAUGAAGUGGCUCGGACGCUGCUUGGACAACAACAUCAUGACGAUCUACCGUGAGAACGUAGCCGCGUUUGACCAUAUCAACCUGACCUACCCAUACUUCGAAACCCCGCAGUAUCCUCUUUUUAUUGGUCCCAACCUCGGUGGGGUCAAGUUCGUCGACGACACCGAUGUCGUCGAAAGCGCCGAGAACGUGCUACUGAUCUACACUCUCUCUACUGGCACCAAAGAGAAGGACCACCUGGCCGAGGACUGGGAGAAGGUCUUCGACAAGCUCAUCGAGAAAUCUGCACUGGAGAUGAAGCACAUCAAGCUGGCCCGGAGCACGUCUCGCUCACUCUCACACGAGAUCACAGAGGCCAGCAUCCAUAUCGUCCCACGCUUCGCUGCCACGUUUUGCAUGAUGAUCAUAUUUGCUGUUCUCUCCUGUAUCAUGAGGGACUGGGUUCUGAGUAAGCCAUGGUUAGGGUUCCUGGGGGUCCUGUCUGCGGUGUUUGCAGUCAUCUCAGCUGUCGGACUUCUCAGCUACUGCGGGCUCAAGUUCAACGAGAUUGUCUCACUCAUGCCCUUCCUUGUCCUUGGUGUUGGAGUCGACAACAUGUUCAUCAUGAUCGCCGGGUGGCGUCAGCUCAGCAUCUACGUCCCCACCGAGGAGCGCAUGGCACGCACCUUCUCUGAGGCUGCCGUCUCCAUCACCAUCACCAACCUGACGGACAUGCUCGCCUUCAUCAUCGGUGCCACCACCUCCCUGCCCGGGGUGAGGACCUUCUGUAUCUACGCGGGCGUGGCCAUGCUCUUCGUCUAUUUCUACCAGCUGUCGUUCUUUGGAGCCUGCAUGGCCUACAUUGGAGAGAGGGAGGCCAACAAUAUGCAUUGCUAUGCAUGCAAGAAGGUUGUGCCUAGGGAGGAAGCGCCAAACAAGUUCUACCAGAUCUUCUGCGCGGGAGGCGUCUCAAAGACGACCCGGACCAAGGCCGCUGACAUGGAGCAUGGCAUCAUGAAGUUCUUCGGUGAACAGUUCGGACCCUUUAUCAUGAAGAGCCCCUGUAAGAUCCUGAUCGUCCUGACGUACCUGGGGUACCUGGCCGGCGCCAUCUACGGUCUCUUCCACAUCACGCAGGGGCUGCAACUGAACAGCCUGGCCCGUGACGACUCACCGGCGUUCGUCUACUACAGCUACGAAGACGAGUACUUCAAGAGGUUCGGCCCCGUUGUCAGCAUCAUCAUGCAGGACGACGUGGAAUACUGGAACCCUGAGACGCAGCAGAAGAUUGAGGACCUGACCCAAACAUUUGAGGAAAGCGACUACAUCUACGGGAAGCAGUUGACGGAAUCGUGGUUGCGAAUGUACCUGAUGUUUCUGCAACAGGCCGUAGGCACAACAGAGGUGGAUAAAACAACUUUCGUUACCGUCCUGCAAAAUCAGUUCCUGACGCAACCAAUGUUUAAGCAGUAUUCAUUGGAUAUUAAUUUUAGGAAGGAUGAGAAUGGAGUAGCUACAGACAUUGAUGCGUCACGUUUCCUUGUCAUGUCAAAGGAUAUGAUGAACACAACUCGGGAGGGCGACAUGAUGAUCGAGGCUCGGGACAUUGCCGAAGCUAGCGAGUUUAAUCUCACAGUAUUCAACCCAGCAUUUAUUGUUUACGAUCAAUACAUUGGGGUUUUGCCAAACACCCUUCAAACUCUAGGCAUCGCGAUAGCGUGCAUGUUUUUCGUUGCCUUAGUGAUGAUACCUCAUCCUGUCUGUGCAUUAUGGGUAACAUUCUGUGUCAUCUCCAUAGAUACAGGGGUCAUAGGGUACAUGUCACUGUGGGACGUCCCACUUGACCCUAUCUCUAUGCUAAACAUUAUCCUCUGCAUAGGGUUCAGCGUGGAUUUCUCCGCGCACAUCACGUACGCGUUCGUCAUCGCGCCAAAGGACGAACCGAAUGAUCGCGCCAUUUCAGCAUUGCGAGCCCUCGGCAUGCCCAUCCUUCAAGGAGCGCUUUCGUCGAUCCUCGCAAUCUCCGUCCUAUCAACCGCGCCUGUCUACGUCUUUCGCAUCUUCUUUAAGACGCUGUUCCUCGUCAUGAUUUUUGGAGCCUACCACGGACUCAUGCUCCUACCCGUGAUCUUAUCCUACAUGGGACAUUGCAUGCCUCACAAAAAGGAGGAGGACAAGGAAAAUUAUUACGAAAAACCACCACUCCCUACGAGCGAGAAAGACAUUCAGGACUUCAAAUCGCUUAAAGCAUAUAGACACGAAAACGGUAAAAUUCCAACGAUCGAUCAGUGUUUUGUUCCCCUUUCAUUGCUUGAUAUUCCUAUAACAAGCAUCCCUUAUGAAAACUGAGUGUCAAUUUUUUUUUCAACCUGUGAUCACGAUUUUUUUUUCAGCCCGUGAUCAUGUUUUUUUUAUGUCUGUGAAGUCUGUGUUUCUAUUUUCUGUUUAUAUAUGCAUGGUUUUAUGUUAUGACCGUGUGGAUUUUUUUUCUGUCCUAGAAUAUACUAUUCUUUUCCUCAUUUUAAAAUGAUACAGCUGAUUCAUACCAUGACCACAUUUCAGUCAUUUAAUAUAAGUACCUUCAAAUCAGUCAAAUGAAAAAUCAUCUUGGACUCGAGAAAAGGCUUACUCAGUUUUUGUUGAGACUGAGAAUUAGGUAAACUACAUGUAAUUUUCAAAACGAUAGACAAUUUAAACAUGCAUACACCUCAUGCUGAAGCCAACACUACAAAGGUGUAACUAGUAUGUUUAAAGUUUUAAUCCACCGUAAUUAAAAUUUCACUCAUCAAAACUUUUCAACUGCUAACUUAAUUAUCAUUUGUGAUUUUAGUGCAUGCAACAGUAUAUCACAUGAAAUAUCACUGUUCUCUUUCAGUCUGCUUUUCUUUUCUCUCUUUUUUUUUUUUUUUUUGCCUGACUGAAAUAUCCUUUAUUGGUCAUGGUGUGAUUAGUGUAUCAUUUUAAUUCGAUAAUGUUGUUUUUUCCUACUCUUUCCUCUCUUAAAAUCUGUUUUGUUCAGUUCUCUGAUCCCUGCAUUAUUGUUAACCAUUAAGGUCUGUUUAGAGCCAGAAGUGCAUUAACUCAUAUACUUUUACACAGAGUUGAUCCUUUCGUGGUUCUGAACAUACAUCUUGUGCAGUUUGAAUUCAUCAGUGUUUUCUUCCUUUGAUGCUCGAUGUUUUACUUUUCUUUUCUUAAAUUACCCCCGUUCAUUAUUGUGUGAUUUGUCUGGAUUUUUUGUUAUUGUUUCAUUUACAAAAUGACACC